AUGGAGCGAAGGAUGUUAGAAGCAGCUCGGAAGGGCAAUGUCCAUGAGCUGGAAGACUUGAUCAGCAGCAAUGAGCUCAUCCUCGAGGAGAUGGAUCUCGAAGGAGCUGGUCACACGCCACUGCAUGUUGCCUGUGUGGCUGGCCAUUUGGAUUUCGUCCGAGAGCUCCUGAAGCGUAUGCCAAAGCUUGCUGAAAAGGUGAACGUGGAUGGUUUCAGCCCGCUGCACAUUGCGGCUGCUCGAGGUGAUGUCAAGAUCGCGAGGGAGCUCUUGACAGUGGGUCCACACCUGUGCUCCGUGAAAGGACGGGAGAGAAGAAUCCCUUUGCAUUAUGCCGCUGUGAACGGGAAGGUCGAUGUCAUGAAGGUAUUGCUCACCGCUUCGCCUGAGUCUGUUGAAGAGACGACUGCUCGAGAGGAGACUGUGCUUCACCUCGCUGUGAAGAACAACCGGUUCAACGUGGUGGUUGUGUUGGUGGACCAUCUGAAGCAGCACAAGAAGGAGCAGGUGAUCAAUUGGAAGGACCACAAAGGCAACACCGCCUUGCAUCUUGCUGCCGCUGGCAAAAAUUUUGAGGUGGUGAACUUCCUGCUUUGUAAGCAUGCUGUGGAGUCCGAGGUUGUAGAGGUGAACACCGUGAAUGACAAUGGGUCGACACCUCUAGACGUCUCAACUCCCUCGCGAAGGGAAGCAGAAGAUAAAGAGAUCAAAGAAAUCCUCAUUGGAGCAGGAGCCAAACACGGGAGAGGAAGAUCAAACUCGCCCUCAUCAAGCCCAGUCCCGGACGACAAUGAUUUCAAUGGAGCUAACAGUCAUCAAGCAUCUGGGAAGGAACCAUUCAAAGAUGCUCCACAGUCAUCACCACGUUCACAGUUGAAGUAUUCAAAUGCAGAAAAGGAGUCAUUUGGUGACAUCCGCAACGCCCUGUUGGUCGUCGCCGCGCUCAUCGCAAGCGCGACCUACCAAUCCGUGCUUCAGCCUCCAAAGAUAAUAGAAGUCGCCCACAACAAAUCAAACAAUCAUAAUUCCAUAAUAGAAGUCGCCCACAACAUAUCAAACAAUCCUAAUCCCAACAACUCAAUGACUGAAUAUUAUGGUGCGGGCUUGGUGUACGGUCUCUUCUUGGGUGGCAACACAUUAGGAUUCGUGGUGUCAGUCCAAAUUAUCAUUUGCCUCACCAAAGAUAUCCAAGACCGCAACGGCACCAGGCUGCUACUUAAGAUGCCGCUUAAGCUGCCGCUCAGGCUAUCCCUAGUUGCAAUGGUUCUGACUUACUUUUGCUUCACGUUAUCCCUGCUGUUCUCGACGAUGGGUGGAAAAAGUCCAUCCAAGAAAGCUCUGCGUCUGUUGCCGCUCAUGAUAUCAUUCAUUCUUCUGCUGAUGCAACAGUGGCUGGCAGUCGCUAUAGAUUUUUUCUUGGAACAGCUUGUUGGAUUGCCCCUCCUAGGUGAUAUGUACAAGCUAGAUGUGUACAGGCCAGAUGAGGGAUCAAAGAAUAAGGACUUAGAGGAUAAGGACAAAAGUCGUGGUUGUAAAUGA